AUGGAAGACAACUUCACCAAAUGGGUUGAGGCGGCUCCCUUGAAGACCUUGGAGACGGAGGAAGUUUGUAAUGCCAUAAUAAGAGAGUUAAUUUCACGUUUUGGUUGCAUGUACAUUCCUCACAGCGACCGUGGCCCACAGUUUGUUUCUCAGCUUUAUGGAUCCUUACUCCACAAACUUGGGAUUGACCGGAGCUUGACGACACCAUAUAACCCAAAGAGUAAUGGCUCAGUAGAGAACUUCAAUAAAAUCCUGAAGUCAAUGAUGAAGACAUACAUCCACGAUCAUAAAGAGUCUGUAGGUGAUUGGGAUAUCAUGCUCCCUAUCUUCCUGAUGGCAUACCGCUCUUCAGUCCACAGCAGUACCGGUGAGACCCCACACUAUAUGCUAACUGCCAGACAAAUGAAAUUGCCGCUGGACCUUAUGUAUUCAAAGCCUUCAGAAUCAGAGAUGUCUGUGCCAUCCUAUGUACGUCAACUUGAAGAUAGAUUUCAUAAGGCCUACUCCAUCGUCCGGAAUCACUUGCACCUUGUCCAGAAAAUUCAAAAGAGACAGUAUGAAACGUCCGACUCCUUCAAGUACAAGGCUGUCAAGCCUGAGGAUUUUGUCUGGUACUAUAAUCCAAGGAAAGCAUUCAAAGGGGACAAGCACUUGCCCUGGAGGGAUCCUUAUUUGGUGAAAGAUGUACAUGACGAUUUAACAGUUACCCGACAGCUGAACAAAGAUGGAACCACUUACAGAACACACAGUGACAAGCUACGGAUGGCCCGCGGUGUGACAAAGGAAAAUUGGUUACCAAAGAAUUGA